ACUUUUCUCUUUUUGGGGGGUUGAGUUGGUACAUUGUUGGAUCCUAUCCUGAAGGGGAUACGUACAUACAUGGGUCCUCACAAAAGUGGUGGAAAAGUGUCCAAAGUAUAUUUAAGUACAUCCACCACCUUCCUCCCCUCCACGCAAAAAUGAGCAAACUCAUCCUCCUCCCCGCCGAGCCCUCAGACGCCGCAGAGAUGCUAGCCAUGCAAGCCGAAGCCUUUGGGGGCGCAAACCCUGAUCCCUUUUGGGAACAGCUUUUUCCGGUUAAGGAGGAGAAGGAGAGGGCUGUGAAGAGGUUUUUGGAGGGGUGGUUGGGGGAUGGGAAGGCGGAUUAUGUUAAGGUUGUGGAUGGGGAGAGUGGUAUGUUGGUUUGGUUUUGGUUUUUGUCAUUUUUGGGGGGUAGGAGAUGAAGAAUAGGGAGAUUUUGGGGAGGGGAGGGGUAUGGGGGUAUGGAGUUAAAGAGAAGAUGGGAUGAGGGAUAUAAGAGUCCUUGCUGCAGUUCUUCAUCUAGCGAUGGAGUUUCUCGGCUAUUUGAUAUUGUACGACGUAUACAACCCCCAGUUUCUAGUCAAAAGAUUUUCGACUACCACACACAACCUCCUCAUCAAUAUCCACAAACUCAUGAAGCUCUCUUCAAAGAAGCACAACUAACACCCACCCAGGAAAAAUAAUCAGCACAGCAAAAUGGACCAUCUCCCCCCACCCGCAAACCGAAUCCGAAAUGCACUCUCAAAUAACAAUAGAUUACCAUCCAGAAGCCGACACAAACGAAUGGUCCUCCCACGUCCUAACCUGGAUCCGUCAACACCGCCUAACACGAACAAAAGGUGGUCCUUGUGCCGGUACAUCCCUUCACAUCCCUUUCCCAUCCCCCUCUCCCUCCUUCAACUCCAACCCCCCCCUCACAUCCCUCUGACAAAACACACCCCCAGCCCUCGAACUAAUGGCCAGCCACCCCUUAUACCAAAAGCGCGGUGCGGGAACGAUGGCCGUCAAAUGGGGGACGGAUCGUGCGGACGCGUUGGGACUGGCGUGUGUGGUGGAGGCUACGGAUGUGGGGAGGGCGUUGUAUGAGAAGUGUGGGUUUGUGGAGAAGGCGGGGGGGAGGAUUGUGGCCCCGGUGCCGGAGAGGUGGAGGGGGAGGCCGGUGUUGAGGUUUUGGUUUUAUGAGAGGGAGGUUGGUGGGGAGAGGGAGGGGGAGAGGGAUGGGGAUGGGGGUGUAAAAGAAAGUCAAUAA